GCUCACGUCUGCCCUUCCGGUGGAGAUGGCUACGGCCGUGGCGGGGCAUCUGCGAGGGGGUCUCCUGCCCCAAGCGGGCCAGCUCCCUACCCUCCAGAUUGUACGCCAUGGUUCUAAGGCUGUUACCCGCCAUUGGCGUGUGAUGCACUUUGAGCGACAGAAGCUGAUGGCUGUGACUGAGUAUAUCCCCCCCAAACCUGCUGUCAACCCUAGAUGCCUGCCACCUCCUCCAAGCCCUCCCAAGGAGGAAACAGGCUUCAUCCGACUCCUUCGCCGAGAGAUAGCACAAGUCUUCCAAGACAACCGAAUGAUAGCCGUCUGCCAGAAUGUGGCCAUCAGUGCAGAGGAUAAGCUGCUUAUGCGGCACCAACUUCGGAAACACAAGAUCCUAAUGAAGAUCUUCCCCAACGAGGUUUUGAAGCCUUUUCUGAAGGAGUCCAAGUAUCAAAACCUGCUGCCCCUUUUUGUGGGGCACAACCUGCUGCUGGUGAGUGAAGAGCCCAAGGUCAAGGAGAUGGUCCGGAUCUUAAGGAUUAUGCCUUUCCUGCCGCUGCUAGGUGGCUGUAUUGAUGACACCAUCCUCAGCAGGCAGGGCUUCAUCAACUACUCCAAGCUGCCCAGCCUGGCCCUGGUACAAGGGGAGCUGGUAGGAGGCCUCACGCUCCUCACAGCCCAGACCCACUCCCUACUUCAGCACCAGCCCCUCCAGCUGACCACCUUGUUGGACCAGUACGUCAGACAGCAACGUGAGGGGGACUCUGUUGUUUCAGCCAGUGGGAAGCCACAUUCUCCUGACCCUGUUGCAGCCUCGUAGCCAGCCUGUUCUACUCAGCCCUGCCAGUGAACACACUCUGCCAUGUUGGCUCUCCUGUCGUCCGUGGGAGAUGUUGAAGAACUUGGGUCGGGGAGUGGCAUGUGUUACUUGGGCUUCCACUAACAACAACCUCCUCGGGUACAGGACCACCUGGAGAUGCAAAAUGGAGGCCGUCUCAGAAUGACAGCUGUUAGUCAUUGGCUUUGUCUUUAUUUUUCCCAACUUGGAACCUGAUAGGAACAUAGUCUCUCUCAGCUGUCCAGGUCCAAAGCAGAGAAGCUGAAAAGAUGACGCUCUUGCGCCCAAUCUCCUUGUUCACUGUCCUUUGAUGCACAUACCUGCUCAGCCCACCCCCUCCAUGCACAACCCACCCCAGUAGCUCAGCUGAAUAGUCACACUGAGGAUGGCACCUGGUAAGAUCCAACUGUGGGUCCAGCUCUGUGCUGAGCGCUGUCCCUGUAUUCUCUACUCUUCACCAUGUUUACAUAUUUCACAGAGGAGAAAACAAAGGGGCAGAGAAGUUAAAUAGCCUGCACAAGGUCAUGCAUUUAGUAAGGAGCAGAUCAGGGACUUGAACCAGGCUGUUUGCCCUGAAUGCCACAUGCUGAAUUCCUACACUAGAACUUCCUCAUGGAGGUUACCCAGAGCGGGCCCAGGUGUCCUUGGAUGGCAUUUCUCUGCCUGUGCGUGUUGUGGAAAGGUUGGGCACACUGUCUGAUAAGAAAUGAAAUGCAUUCUCACACUUAACCACCUCUGACUACAUUCUGACUCUGUCACUUCCCCUUCCUGGAAAAUUUUCCCUCUUCCCUGUACCUGUUCCUGUAGAUGGCAUCUCUUUUGUGCUUCUCCUAUUGAAGGCAGCUGAAUACUG